UUGAACUAGGAUUAGUCCUGCAUAAUGUUCUCUAUUUGUAUUUCCCUAUCAGAAUAUAACAUCGCUAAGUUUCCUUUAGUUUUUUGCUAUUCUAGAGACAAAUUCAUACCUUACAUAUUUCGACUUAUGGUUGUCUUGCAGGUCGAUUGACCCUUCUUUGCCCCUUACCCUGGUUUUAAAUUCAUUCAACAAUAUUGCUCAUCAUUGACCAAGUUAAAUGUAAGAGCCUCAUUGAACUGGAUGCAUAGACUGAAGGAAGGUAUUCACGCUCAUAUAUUGGUGACAUUUUGAACUCACAUGUGAAGAGCCACGAUGGUGUGUGAGAUGGAAAAAGAUCCUAUUGAAGAUAUGGACAUCGAAGUUCUGCCUUCGAUGUGGCCUGAAGAUAUCGGAGAUGAUGCUGGAAAGCAGUUCAACAUCGAAGAGCCUGGAGGGGAUGAAGAUAUGUUGAAGGAUGUCACGAUUCCAGAGGAGCCGAAGAUAAUUGAUUUUAAGCGGCUUUUGGAGCUAACCAACUACACAGACCAGGGUGCUUCUCAGUUGGCAAACCUUGUAAAGCAGUGGGAGUACAGGCAGGCCAAUGCAGCACGCCUUCUAAAAGAGGAACUUGACAUCCUGAGCAGACAGAGGCAGGAGGUUGAACUGAAGAAAUUGGAGAUACUCGAGGAGCAUCGUUUUGAGGAAGAACGGUACGGUGGUGACAAGCGCCCAAUAUCUAUACUUGAUGAUGCCUACGAUAUAUGGCAAGAUGUUCCUCGAAGGAAAAGCGAUGUAGUUAUCCAAAAUAAGAGGGUUGAGAUUGAUGCCGAGUACGAUACUGUCAUUUACUGGAAGCAGCGCGCCAUGCACUUAGAGAAAUUGUUGGAGGCAAGUAUCCACAGAGAGCAGGCGCUCAUGGAAAAGUUGCAGGAAAGCAUAAACAAUCUGGAAAAUCAGUCCUCUCCGGUGGAAGAGCUGUCUCAGAUUCUAAAAAGAGCUGACAACUUUUUGCAUUUUAUACUUCAGAAUGCACCUGUUGUGAUUGGACACCAGGAUAAAGAGCUGCGAUAUCGCUUCAUCUACAAUCCUUAUCCUACUUUGAAUGAGCAGGACGUUAUAGGUAAAACAGAUGUCGAUAUCUUCACUGGUGCUGGCGUGAAGGAGUCUCAAGAAUUUAAGAGGGAAGUUCUGGAGAAAGGUUUACCUGCAAAGAGAGAAAUUACAUUCGAUACAGAAUUAUUUGGUGCAAAAACGUUUCUGAUCCACGUCGCACCUGUCUUUAGCAAGGCUGGGGAAACAAUUGGAAUUAACUAUAUGGGAAUGGAUGUUACUGAUCAGGUAAGAAUAAGAGAGAAAAUGGCAAAACUUCGAGAGGAGAUGGCGGUACGGAAUGCCAAGGAAACCGAGAUGAAUAAAACCAUGUAUAUAACAGAGGAGACAAUGCGAGCAAAACAAAUGCUUGCAACAAUGUCACAUGAGAUAAGGUCUCCCCUCACUGGGGUUGUUAGCAUGGCUGAGAUUCUUGCACAAACUAGACUUGAUCGGGAGCAGCGGCAAUUGUUAGAUGUCAUGCUUUCCUCGGGAGAUUUGGUCCUUCAACUAAUAAAUGACAUUCUUGACCUUUCGAAGGUUGAGUCAGGGGUAAUGAAGCUGGAAGCUACAAAAUUCCGGCCAAGGGAGGUAGUAAAGCACGUGUUGCAGACCGCUGCGGCAUCAUUACGGAAGAUAUUAACAUUGGAAGGACAUGUAGCGGAUGAUGUUCCUAUUGAGGUCAUUGGAGAUGUUCUGAGAAUUAGACAAAUUCUCACCAACUUGAUCAGCAACGCCAUCAAAUUUACACAUGAAGGGAAGGUUGGCAUAAAUCUAUAUGUGGUUCCAGAACCAUCUCUCGAGAAAAUAGAAGAGUGUCCUCAGAAGUCACAAGCAGAUCAGUCAACCACACGGGAGAACAGAAUGAAGGAAGAGAAAAGUUCUUUAAAGUCUCAAGCAAGUUGUGACCAACAACCUGUUCAAGUGAAGAGUCAGAAUGGCCAUUUCUGCCAAAAUCAUGCUCUGCAUGAUAAAACUCGAACCACGUGCGAAAGCGAAGCAUCUGCAGAUAGAGAUAAGGAGGAAGAGCACACCCCCGAGACAACAGUAUGGAUCCGUUGUGAUGUGUAUGACACAGGAAUUGGAAUCCCAGAGAACGCUUUGCCUACUUUAUUUAAAAAGUACAUGCAAGUCAGUGCUGAUCAUGCUCGAAAGUAUGGUGGGACGGGACUUGGCCUAGCCAUAUGCAAACAACUGGUUGAGUUAAUGGGAGGCCGCCUCACUGUGUCUAGUCGAGAGCAUAUGGGAUCUACAUUCACAUUUGUGCUACCUUACAAAGUCUCGCCGAUAUGUGAUAACUCCGAUGAUUCUGAAGAUCUUGCAAUUAUGGCUAAUCAUGAUUCUGCUGUUGAUGACAUCACCGAUGGCUUUUUCCAAUUCCAGCCACGCACUCUGGGUUCUCUCUUCUCUUCAAAUGGUUCCAUCAGGACACAGAAACUAUUAUCACAUAAUGUUGGAUACACUUGUAUAAAUAAGCUCAACGGGGUUGCAGAGGAUUCUUAUGCAUUUCCAACUAACAACCUCAGACUGAAAGAGUUAGCUUCACCUGAGGACGCCUGUUCUACAGUUGACGCUGCUGAGACCUCGUCAGAAACAGAAUGCUCAGUGAGUCCCAGUUUACAUUAUGAGUGCGAGGUUGAUGUGAAGAUUGGCAAAGUGAAUCAACAGGGUACGGAAUGCAGAUCACAAAUUUCGAGCUCAAAUGUUUCUCAUCUUGAAGAGGAAAAAGGACAAGUAGAUAAGCUUACCAUAAGGGAACCCCCUGGGUCACGUCACGGGUUGGAGAAAUCUUGUGCAAGUUCAGAGAGCACGUCCAGCGGCAUUGUGGAAGAACCAAAACCCAAACCAAAGCCUAACAUCCUUCUGGUGGAAGAUAAUAAGAUCAAUGUCAUGGUGACUCAAUCCAUGAUGAAGCAGCUAGGACAUGAUAUGGAUGUUGUGAACAAUGGAGUCGAAGCUGUCCGUGCUGUUCAACGACAUACUUAUGAUCUCAUUCUGAUGGAUGUCUGCAUGCCUGUCAUGGAUGGCCUUCAAGCAACCAGAAUAAUCCGAUCCUUCGAGGAGACAGGAAACUGGGAUGCUGCAGUAAGGGCAGGGAUAGAGCAAGUCUCUUCAGACUUAUCAUGCAAUGGUCACAGUUCAGGAUCAAGAGAACGAGUUCCCAUUAUUGCGAUGACAGCGAAUGCAUUGGCAGAGAGCGCGGAUGAAUGUUUUGCAAAUGGUAUGGACUCAUUCGUGUCGAAACCUGUCACUUUUCAGAAGCUAAAACAGUGUCUUGAGCAGUACUUGAUGUAAUUCCCCUGUAUAGUAUCCCUCUGAAUGUACGACUCACAUGUAGGAAAGUUUUGAAAUCAAUGUAAAGUAUUCCUCGGCCAAUUGUAGAGUAGAAUCAUUCCUUUCCUCUUCUUUUCCCAUUCCAAGAAAGAUUGGA